UCUUUCAACUAGUGCUGUCUGUUUCCCAGAAGUCUUUGCGCACAGCAAUAGUUGCCAGUCAUUCUGCCGUGGUGAAUUGAUAGAGAAGAUGAAAGAACAAACAGCAAAGAGACGUGAAAAGGCCAAAGAUACGAAAGCUGACAAACAGAAGGAGAAGGCCGAGCCUCAGGAUGUUGAGAUGCCGGAGGACGAAGCUCCGAAGGAAAAAACUCCUAAGGAAAUCGACAGCGUGACUUUAGAGGACAUCAAGGAGCAUGUCAAGCAGAUUGAGAAGGCAGUGUCAGGCAAGGAGCCACGCUUCGUGCUGCGCGCCCUGCGAGCGCUGCCCUCCACCAGCCGUCGCCUCAACCCCAACGUGCUCCACAAGGCCAUCACGGGAUUCUAUACCGCCAACGCAGCCGCCAAGGAGUUCCUACUCGGCUUCCUGGAGGAGCCCAUGGACACUGAAGGCGAUGUGCAGUUCCGGCCGCGCACAGGCAAAGCAGCAGCCACCCCUCUCCUGCCCGAAGUGGAGGCCUACCUACAGCUCCUCCUAGUGGUCUACCUCACUAACAACAAGCGCUACGCUGAGGGUCAGAAGGUAUCCGAUGACCUGCUCCAGAAGAUCAGCUCUCAGAACCGCAGAGCUCUGGACCUGGUGGCAGCCAAGUGCUACUACUACCACUCACGCGUUUACGAGUUCCUCAACCAACUGGAUGUGGUGCGCAGUUUCCUGCACACUCGUCUGCGUACGGCAACGUUGCGUCAUGACGCUGAUGGGCAGGCGACUCUGCUGAACCUGCUGCUGAGGAACUACCUGCAGUACAACCUGUACGACCAGGCUGAGAAGCUGGUUUCCAAGUCGGUGUUCCCGGAGCUGGCCAACAACAACGAGUGGGCCAGAUACCUCUACUACACAGGUCGUAUCAAGGCCAUCCAGCUGGAGUAUUCUGAGGCUAGGAGGACCCUGACCAACGCCCUGAGGAAGGCACCACAGCACACAGCCGUGGGCUUCAAGCAGACCGUACACAAGCUGCUGAUCGUGGUGGAGUUACUGUUGGGGGAGAUUCCAGACCGCCUGCAGUUCAGACAGCCGUCACUCAAGAGAUCACUCAUGCCAUACUUCUUACUGACACAGGCGGUGAGAACGGGCAACCUGUCCAAGUUCAACCAGGCUCUGGAGCAGUUUGGAGAGAAGUUCCAGACGGACGGCACCUACACGCUUAUCAUCCGCCUCCGACACAAUGUCAUCAAGACGGGUGUGCGUAUGAUCAGCUUGUCCUACUCUCGGAUCUCGCUGGCCGACAUCGCUCAGAAGCUGCAGUUGGACAGCCCCGAAGACGCAGAGUUCAUCGUCGCCAAGGCUAUCCGUGACGGUGUGAUUGAGGCCAACAUUAACCAUGAGAAGGGCUAUGUGCAGUCCAAGGAGACCAUGGACAUCUAUGGCACCCGAGAGCCUCAGCUGGCCUUCCAUCAACGUAUCUCCUUCUGCCUCGACAUACACAACAUGUCUGUUAAGGCCAUGCGGUUUCCUCCUAAGGCCUACAACAAGGAUCUGGAGUCUGCAGAGGAGCGAAGGGAGCGUGAGCAGCAGGAUCUGGAGUUUGCCAAAGAGAUGGCCGAGGACGACGAUGACGGCUUCCCAUGAUCCUCCACUGCAACAACAGAACAACAUGGCUGCGGCCGGUUUCCCACCAAGACUCCACCAUGUUGGACACCCCCCUCUACUAGCUGUUCAUUCAUUCAUUUUUAUUACUAUUUUUGCUCUGUACGUGUGUUCAUUUAUGUUCCCUCUGUGUCUUCCCUCCUUCCCUUGGAUCCCCACCUUUCCCCUUUUUAAUUUUUUUUGUUGCCCUCCCAUCCUCCAUUCUGCCCACACAGACAAGCUAUCCUCCAAUCCCCACCCUCCAUCCUAUCCACCCAGAUAGGCUAUCCACCAAUCCCUGGCUUCGUCUUACGUCCGUUACGCGUGUGGUUUUGUCGAGGUCGAUUCUCUUGUCUAUUUCUUGUAAAACCUUGUUCCUUGGCCGACAAGGCCCCAGCAUGUAUUUGAAGGCUGAUGCCAGAAAUAAAUAAUUCUGAUAAUAAAAACGUCAAGAGAAA